GCUGGAGCGUCACGUCACAUGGAGAUGCCCGAGGUGAGACUUGGGCUCUCUCGCCUAUCCAACAAGGUUGAACCACAACAACUUCAAUCCUCAACCUUUAAUCUCCCACACAAUCUAGCUUGCAGGCACCAACUACUGCUCAAUAUUGCUCAAGGCAAGCCUUGAAACUCCUUUCCGCUUUCGCCAUCCACCAAAAAUACCGAGAUCAACAGCUUCAAAAUGGGGAAACCUUGGUUGACAUGGACCUUCAGCGUCCUCCUCGGCCUAGCUACUGCAGAACAGCCAUCUGCCCCCAGGCCCGUCGCAGCUCCGAUGAGGUCUCUACCGUGGGGUGAUUUGAACUUUAUGCAAACAACAGAUACACACGGCUGGCACGCUGGCCAUCUGCAAGAGUCCGUUUGCCUACUCUAGCUUUAUACUUUUCUAACCUUCUCCAGACCACAAUACUCGGCAGACUGGGGGGACUAUAUAUCUUUCGCCGAACGAAUUCGAGAACAAGCCGACCGAAGAGGAGCGGAUCUGUUACUUAUAGACACCGGUGAUCGGAUCGAGGGGAACGGAUUAUAUGAUGGUUCGAGUCCCAAGGGGGAGUUCUUCUACGACAUUGUAAAGGAACAGCACAUUGAUGUAAUUACGAUGGGCAAUCAUGAGUUAUAUCAGGCAGAUGCUGCAGCCAGAGAAUACGAUUUGACGGUUCCGAACUUUGAAGGGAGAUACCUGGCUUCGAAUCUAGAUUAUGUCAACCCGAAAACCGGAGAAAAGAUUCCUAUGGCACAACGCUUUCGAAAGUUUACCACCAAGAACCGUGGAAUUCGAGUGGUGGCAUUUGGAUUCCUGUUUAAUUUCAACGGGAAUGCGAAUAAUACCGUGGUGCAAAAGGUAGAGGAUACCAUCAAAGAGCAGUGGUUUCAAGACGCCAUAAGAGAGCCAUGCGAUUUGUUCCUAGUGAUUGGGCAUGUGACCCUCGAUGGCCCAGAAUACAAAGCCCUUUACGCAGCUAUCAGAGAUCAAAAUUGGGAUACUCCGAUUCAAUUCUUCGGAGGACACAGUCAUAUUCGAAGUUUCGCCAAGUAUGAUAGCAAAGCAUAUGCUCUACAAGCUGGAAGAUACUUCGAAACCAUCGGCUGGAUGUCCAUUCAAGGAAUAGGAAGUAGUCCCCAAGAUCAUGGGGGAGAAUUGAAGAAGAGAGGCAGUAUGACCUUCCAACGGCGAUACAUUGAUAACAACCUCUUCGGCUAUCACUACCAUACUGGCCUCGAUGAGAAAACAUUUCCAACCGAGCACGGAAAGAACGUCUCGGCCAUGAUUCGCUCAGCUCGAAAAGCUCUAAAACUAGACCACAGCUUCGGCUGUGCACCCCGCGAUCUCUGGCUAAGCAGAGCCCCUUACCCAAGCGAGAACAGCAUCUUCACCUGGCUCGAAACAGAAGUUCUUCCAAAAGUCGUAAAAAACGACACGCGAACGAACAUUCCCACACUAGCACUAACCAACACCGGAACGCUCCGCUUCGACAUCUUCAAAGGCCCCUUCACCAAAGAUACGACGUACAUCAUCUCACCCUUCGUCAGUAAAUUCCGGUAUAUAAAAGACGUGCCCUACGAGGCAGCAAAACGUAUCCUGCCAUUAAUCAACAACGAAGACAAAGUAUUAUCUACCACUCGUCUAAACGCAGCGUACCUCGCACCCCCGGAACAAAUUUCCAUCCAGGAAGACGUCAUCACCCCCUCUCCUCUCUCUUCCUCAACCGACGGCAAAGAACCCCCCCUCAUCCCUGGCUACACAACCAAAGACGCCUUCGGCACCGACGGCGACGACACAAUCCACUCCCCUAUCUCACACUACCAAGUUCCCAACUGCAUCCAAGUCCCCCUCUCCUUCCCCAUCUCCGAGCAACCCGAGAAAGUCGACGUCGUAUUCGUGGACUUCAUCCAACCUUGGAUACUCCUGGCGUUGAAGUACUCCGGCGCCGACUAUGGAGUGGAGGAUGUAGAUCUCUACACCCAGGAGACGCUUACGGAGUUGAUGGCUGGGUGGAUUGGGAAGAAUUGGGGGAAGGAUUGUUAGGUUGGUUGGGUUCUUGGAUUAGAUUUUGUAUGUGAUUGUGUCUGAACAUUAUGGGUUGGAUUUUUUGAGGGGUGUUUGGCGUUUCAUUAUUUCAUAAAUUUCCUUCCAGGGUAUGAGGGGGGUAAAGAUACAACUAUGCCUUCUGAUCCAGAACGUGGUUGUAAAUGAGUGGGGUUAGGGAAGAGCAAGGU